AUGUCAAGUGAAAGGGCAUGCAUGCUUUGCGGUAUAGUUCUUUCUGCAAAUGAAUUCUCUAAUGGAGGCUGUCCGAACUGUCAGUCAAUCUUUGAGGAAGCAGGUGUAUCCGCCAUAGAGUGUACUUCACCUUCAUUUGAAGGGCUUGUGGGUAUGUGUAAGCCAGGAAAAUCGUGGGUCGCAAAAUGGCUGGCUGUGGACCGAUAUAUUCCUGGUAUGUAUGCCGUGAAAGUGGACGGGAGACUCCCGGUCGAAGUUAUCGAUCUUCUGCCAUACUACAAACCAAGAGAUGGUAGUCAAGUUGAGUAG